AGCCAACCUUCCAUUCACCUGUUGCUGUCCCUCCCUCUUCGUAUCCAUCUCGUCCGUCUUCCUCUCGCUGCAUCUCACCGCACCUCCUCCACCACCAGACCAGGACGCCAAUCUGCCUACCAUGGCACCAGCUCUGCCGCAGUACUGGUGGAUCCUCGCCAUCACCACCGUCGCCUUCUGUUUGAGCGCCUUUGGCAAUGGCGCCAAUGACGUAGCGAACGCCUUUGCCACUUCGGUGGCAGCGCGCUCUCUGACUAUGGCACAGGCGGGAGUCAUUUCCGUCAUCGCAGAGUUCUUUGGCGCCGUUGUGCUUGGGUCCCGCGUGACCGACACGAUCAAGAACGGCAUCAUCGGCCUCGGUCGCUUCCGCAGCAACCCUGCCACCCUCCUCGUCGCCAUGGGCAGCGCCGAGAUAGCUUCUGCGACCUGGCUUUUGACCGCGACAAAGCUCGGCUUUCCCGUGUCAACCACCCACACUAUCGUGGGCGCCCUCAUCGGGGCGGGCAUUGGCGCCCAGUCCUCCAUCACCUGGGAAUGGAAGAAGGGCAGCGUCUCCCAGAUUGCUGCUUCUUGGGUCAUAUCCCCGCUGAUUUCCGCCGCCGUGUCUGCUAUCCUGUUUGCCACGCUCAAGUACGCCGUCCUCGAGCGCAAGGAUGCGUUCAAGAAGGCGCUCAGAGCCAUUCCCUUCUACCUUGCCUUCACCGGCGCCAUCCUGGCUCUCUUCAUCUUGGUCGAGACUCCCGGUGCCCCGGCGCUGGAGGAUCUGGGUGUCGGUGUCGCAUGCGGCAUCAUGUUCGGCACCUUUUUCGGCGUCCUGGCGCUCUCCUACGUCUUCUUCAGGCCGUACUUUCACCGCGUCGUCGUCCUCGCCGACCCCCGGAUCCGCCCUUGGCACCUGCCUCUCGGUCCCCUUCUGUGGCGGGAGAAUCCGCCCUUGUACCUCCCUGGCAAGGCAACCAUGCUGGUCGAUCACUACCAGAGCGCACACGAGAAGUCGUCCACAGACGAACACCAGUCGCCCGUCCUUGACCAGAGCGUCUUGAACACAGGUGCGGAAACGGGUCCGGGCGAGGCGCGGACCCCGAAGCAGGUCACGGAGGAAGGCCAUGCCACCGGGGACCUGGAACGGCAGCCUGCAGAGCCCGUUUUGCGUCCCAUCGUACGGAAGCCCGAGCCGGAAGAGCGCUUCCUCGCCCCGACGGCCCAUCUCCCCUUGUAUCACCCCAGGAGGCUGGCCAGCUACGUCGUCUACUUUCUGCUCCAGGGUGUCACUCGCGACUGCGUGACGCACUCGUCCGCUCACCUGGGCGCGGUGCACGGCAAGGCGCCCCAGUACGACAACCGCAUCGAGCAUCUCUGGACGUACGCCCAGGUCACGAGCGCCAUUAUGAUGUCCAUCGCCCACGGCUCCAACGACGUCGCCAACGCCGUCGGCCCCUGGGUCGCCGUGUACGAGACCUACAACUCCGGAGAGGUUGGCGAGGACAACAGCACACCUGUCUGGAUCCUUGCGAUUGCCGGUCUGCUGCUCGGUGCAGGAUUCUGGUUCAUGGGGCACCACAUCGUCAGGGCACUCGGCAACAAGAUCACCCAGCUCAGCCCCACCAGGGGUUACGCGAUGGAGCUCGGGGCAGCCAUCACGAUCCUGCUUGCGAGUCGCUUGGGGCUGCCCGUGAGCACCACCCAGACGUUGACCGGGGCCGUUGUCGGCGUUUCCUUGAUGAACCUGGAUCUUGGAGCCACCAAUUGGAGGCAGCUCGCCUUCAUCUUCCUGGGCUGGGUUCUGACCCUUCCAUGCGUUGCCACAGUCUCCGGGCUGCUUACCGCCAUGGGCCUCAAUGCCCCAAGUUUCAACUGAGAUACCAGC